AAAUAGCAAAAAAUCGGUGUAAACUCGGAAAAUCGAAAAUGUCGCCUGUGGCUGAAGCUGAAAAUUUAUUAAAAUAAAUUCAAGUUUAAAUCCCUCAAAAGUCAAAACUUCCCCAACAAAAGCAAAGCAAAAUAUUAAAUAAAUAAAAAGAGCUUGAUAAAUGUCUGUAUUAUGAAUAGGUAUUCAUACAACACAGAUUCUUCCUACCAGGAUCACCAUAGUGUCAUGGACAGUGAAAAUCUAAUGGACGAAUUAGCAUCAUUGACUCGCACCGAAAUACCCGAUGGCCGCCAGAGCCUGAGGGAUAGUUUCACAAAUUUAGAAAGAGUCGCUGACUAUUGUGAGGACACUUACUAUAGAGCUGACAAUAAGAAAGCAGCGUUGGAAGCAACCAAGAACUACACAACUCAGUCGCUGGCAAGUGUUGCAUACCAGAUCAAUACGCUGGCGUAUAGUUACAUGCAGUUGUUGGAGCUGCAGGCUACGCAACUGAAUGAAAUGGAGUCGCAAAUGAAUCAUAUCGCUCAAACAGUAAUGAUUCACAAGGAGAAGGUUGCCCGAAGAGAAAUUGGUGUACUCACGGCUAACAAAGUUAGUUCUCGCCAAUUCAAAAUUGUAGCCCCAAUUAAUCCAGAAAAGCCCAUAAAGUAUGUUCGCAAGGCAAUUGAUUACUCGAUUCUCGAUGAAAUCGGCCACGGCAUCAAUUCAACACAACAACGCCAAAAGCACCGUGGCUCUUCGCAUGGUUCGAUUCAAUCACUGGCUACAACCAAUUCAGUAUCAGUUGGUCCACCGCCGACCACAAAACCCCCAACUCCGCCUCAAAUGUCACGUGGAAAUACUGGUACUCUUGGAAAAUCGGUCAGCAAUACUGGAACCCUGGGAAAGAGUUCCCGAGAAUAUCGAACUCCGCCAGUUGUGAAUCCCCCACAAGUCCCAUCGCACUAUGCUCCCAACUAUCCAAUUGGACAUCCCAAGAGAAUCUCCUCCUCUUCGGCUGGUGGUGAUCGGGCUCCGGGCUAUAGUUCAUUGCCAAUGCCUCCAAGUCAACAAGUUGCCACGCAUGUUAAUUUACCAUCAGCUGGUAUGAUGCAGUCGUUGCCACCACCUCCUCCAACGACCUAUGACGAUCGUAGCAGUAUGCCUCCUCCACCAUCGCCGCUGACUGUUUCUCAUGAGAUUACUGAACAGAGUCACGUUGGCAUGCACACUCUGGGAAGGAAUAUCAAUAGUUUGAACUUCACUCGGCCAGGAUCGCAGUCCCCACCACUGCCACCGCCACCACCGCCAGAAGAUGAACAUCAAGACUUCGGUAGACCACGGACAACUACUACUCAUGGACAAUUAGCGCCAAUUGUGCCAGAUGAUCAAAAUCUUCCAGGUUGGGUGCCCAAAAACUAUAUUGAAAAAGUUGUGGCUAUUUACGACUACUAUGCUGACAAAGAUGACGAGUUGAGUUUCCAAGAGAGUUCUGUUCUUUAUGUGCUCAAGAAAAACGAUGACGGCUGGUGGGAGGGCGUGAUGGACGGAGUAACCGGCCUAUUUCCAGGAAAUUAUGUCGAACCUUGCGUUUGAAUGCUUCAUAACUACACAGCGUUAUAUGUUUUCCAGUAUUCCAUAUGAAUUAAAAUAGCAUUUAGACAAUAUCAAUUUUAUACCUUUAAAAAUAAAAUUAAAAAAAAAACACAAAAACAUAACAAGCUAAAAACAAAUUCAAAUAAACACAUUUUUAUAAAAGUAGUCAAGGGAAUUCAAAAGCAAAAAGAAAUAAACAAAUUAGAACUAAAAACCAAGAACUAUACAAAAAUCCAUACAAAUUAUAACUAAGCAGUAAAAUGAUAUUCAAACCACAAAUUAAAUAAUUAACAUACAUUUUUCAAAGAUGAUAAAGUGUUCUUUUUUUUAACAAACAAAGCAAAAGAAAAGAAAAACAAUUUUUCAAUAUAUGUAGAUGUUGUUUAAUUAUUAUUAUUUAUAGGGUGAAUGAGGCUUUUUAAAACACACAAAGAACAUACAAUUUUAUGUUGUUUCAAAAAUACGAAUUUCUUCUACAAAUGCGCUUUUUAUUAAUUGUUUGGCAAAUUAAAAUAAGAAAUUUAAUUAAACAAAUAGGUGAGCUAAAUAUUUUAUUAAGCUUCGUUUAAUAAACAACAACAACAAAUAAAUAAGUAAAUAAUUAAAUAAAUAUUAUAAAUAUAAUAUAUCUCUCCUUAGUUAGCAAAAUACCAUUUCGAAUAGCUUUUACUUUAUUAUUUUGCUAAUUCCAUACUUUAAAGAAUAAACAAAAUAAAAAUACAAUUAUAUGUUUUUACACAAACAAUAGACUCGAUGAGAUUUAAAAAUAAAAUACAAAAAUACACUUUAUAUUCAAAAAGUUAAGAAUUUACAAGUUGCCUCGUAAGGUUUACAAUUUUUUAGACAAAUACAAUAAAUAAAAUCAGUAAAUGCAGAGAUAAUAACUGCUGGUGUUUGUAA